GCCGCCGCUCCGUGCUGGGGGCCAUUCAGCGGGAGCGCGGCGGAGAGCGAGCGGCGCCGGGCGCGGGCGGGGGUCGCCGGGCGAUGCGGGGCUUCGUCAGGCUGCGGCGCGGCGGCGGGCUGUGAGCCGGGCUGGGCUUGGGCCGUGCCGGGCCGUGCCGUGCCGGGCUGGCGGGGAGGGGAGGGGCGGGAAGGCGGGAGCGUGGCGGAGGAGAGGGCAGGCAGCCGCGGGAAGGCGGGAGCGGGGCUGCCCCGGUGCCCGCCCCGCGGCGGGGGGCCGGCCCCUGAGUGCAUGCGGGGCGCCCCGCCGGGCCGCCGCCGGCCCGCCGCCGCCGCCUCCCGCCGCCCCUGAGAGACCGGCGGGGAGAAAAGUUGCGGCGGUCGCCCACAUGCGCGGCCCCGGCCGGCGGCUUGGGGAACGGCGCCGAGCGGAGGUGGGCGAAGAGAGUUUGAAGCGCUCGCCGGCGGGAAGAUGGCGGAGCGGAGCUGAGAGCGGCGCCCGGCGAGCUCGGGCCGCCCCCGCCUUCCUCCGCAGCCCCCCGGACCCCCCGCCGGACACAUGCAGGCCAAAAAACGCUACCUGACGCUGCUCUCCGCCGGCACCUGUCUCGCCCUGCUGCUCUACCUGGGGGGCGUGCGGCUGCGGGCGGCCCGGCACCCGCCGCCCGGCAGCCGGCAUGGCCCCCCCCCGCGCCCCGGCGCCGAGCGGCCCUGGCCCCGCUUCCCCGACGCCCUGCGGCCCUUCGCCCCCGCCGAGCGGCCGGGCCCCGAGGGCGGCGGCGGCGGCGGGGGGCGCGUCUCCCCCCGGCAGCGGCGGGACGCCAGCGCCGGCCUCUACCGCGGGCGCCGGUGCCGCAUGGAGUCCUGCUUCGACUUCGGCCAGUGCCGGAAAAACGGCUUCAAGGUGUACGUGUACCCGCAGCAGAAGGGGGAGAAGAUCGCCGAGAGCUACCAGAACGUCCUGGCCGCCAUCGAGGGCUCCCGCUUCUACACCUCCGACCCCGGGCAGGCCUGCCUCUUCGUCCUCAGCCUGGACACGCUGGAUCGGGACCAGCUCUCCCCCCAGUACGUGCACAACCUCCGCUCCAAGGUGCAGAGCCUCCACCUGUGGAACAACGGCAGAAACCACCUGAUUUUUAAUUUAUACUCCGGCACCUGGCCCGACUACACCGAGGAUGUGGGGUUCGACAUCGGCCAGGCAAUGCUGGCCAAAGCCAGCAUCAGUACUGAAAACUUCAGACCCAACUUUGACGUUUCUAUCCCGCUCUUUUCUAAGGAUCAUCCUAGGACAGGAGGGGAGAAGGGAUUUUUGAGGUUUAACACCAUCCCUCCUCUCAGGAAGUACAUGUUGGUAUUCAAGGGGAAAAGGUACCUGACGGGGAUAGGGUCAGACACCAGGAAUGCCUUAUAUCACGUCCAUAACGGAGAGGAUGUUGUCCUCCUGACCACCUGCAAGCAUGGCAAAGACUGGCAAAAGCACAAGGAUUCGCGUUGCGAUCGAGACAACGCCGAAUAUGAAAAGUAUGAUUACCGUGAAAUGCUGCACAAUGCCACUUUCUGUCUGGUUCCCCGGGGGCGCAGGCUUGGCUCUUUCAGGUUUCUGGAAGCCUUGCAGGCUGCCUGCGUCCCGGUUAUGCUCAGCAACGGAUGGGAGUUGCCGUUCUCGGAAGUGAUUGAUUGGAACCAAGCUGCCGUCAUAGGCGAUGAGAGAUUGUUAUUACAGAUUCCUUCUACAAUCAGGUCUAUCCAUCAGGAUAAAAUCCUAGCACUUAGACAGCAGACACAGUUCUUGUGGGAGGCUUAUUUUUCUUCAGUUGAGAAGAUUGUAUUGACUACACUAGAGAUUAUUCAGGACAGAAUAUUUAAGCACAUAUCACGUAACAGCUUAAUAUGGAACAAACAUCCUGGAGGGUUAUUUGUACUGCCACAAUAUUCCUCAUAUCUGGGAGAUUUUCCUUACUACUAUGCUAAUCUCGGUCUGAAGCCUCUUUCCACAUUCACUGCCGUUAUCCACGCAGUAACUCCCCUGGUUUCCCAAUCUCAGCCUGUGCUGAAACUCCUGGUUGCUGUAGCCAAGUCCCAGUACUGUGCACAGAUUAUUGUUUUAUGGAAUUGUGAUAAACCCCUCCCAGCCAAACACCGCUGGCCUGCCACUUCUGUGCCUGUCAUAGUCAUUGAAGGAGAGAGCAAGGUUAUGAGCAGUCGCUUCCUACCCUACGACAACAUAGUGACAGAUGCAGUGCUAAGCCUGGAUGAGGACACCGUGCUUUCAACCACUGAGGUGGAUUUUGCCUUUACAGUUUGGCAGAGUUUUCCAGAGAGGAUUGUAGGGUACCCUGCUCGCAGUCACUUCUGGGACAACACUAAGGAGAGGUGGGGGUACACCUCCAAAUGGACUAAUGACUAUUCCAUGGUAUUGACAGGAGCUGCUAUUUACCACAAAUAUUAUCACUACCUGUACACUCAUUACCUGCCUGCCAGCCUAAAGAAUAUGGUGGACCAACUGGCCAAUUGUGAGGACAUUCUAAUGAAUUUUUUGGUGUCAGCCGUGACAAAAUUGCCUCCAAUCAAAGUAACACAGAAAAAACAGUAUAAGGAGACCAUGAUGGGACAGACCUCCCGGGCCUCGCGCUGGGCCGACCCUGACCACUUCGCCCAGCGGCAGAGCUGCAUGAACACUUUCGCCAGCUGGUUUGGCUAUAUGCCGCUGAUCCACUCUCAGAUGAGGCUCGACCCUGUCCUCUUUAAAGACCAGGUCUCCAUCCUGAGGAAGAAGUACCGAGACAUUGAACGGCUCUGAGGAGCGCUGCUGAGGGGACCGAGCCGUCCCCGGCCACCGGUGCGUGGAGCCAGACUGUGCCACCGAUGGCAAGUGCCCGAUCCCGGCCGGUGGCCGCCCCGGGGCUGGGGCUCGCUGCUCCGGACUGCGCUGAGCCGCCCGGCAGGCUUCUGUUGCUCCAGACUAGGUCGUGUACAGUUUCAUUAUGGAACAUUAAAUAAUUAUUUUUGAAAUGAUUGCUAUGCAGGUUUAAACUUUUUUAAUGAUCAAAAAAAAAAAAACCUAUUAAAAACAGAGUUCUUUCUUUAAUCAAAAUUGUGUUGGUUGUGAAUAUUUCAAAGCUGCCGUUUCUUUUCUUUCAUGCAUUUGAUUGUCAUUGCCGUUUUCAUUCAUUUUCCCCUGCAAAGUUAAACGCUUGAAUCUCACAGGGAGAAAAAUGCAGCACGUUCAGAACCAAACUGAGCAUGAGCAGGACAGAACCGAAGUAUUAACGUUUCUCAUGUACUGCUGACUUCUUAAUUUUUUUUCCUUGGUUUUCCCCAAGCCGGUAGCAGCCACUGUGGCAAAACCCCUUUGGAUGGAUGGAAAACUGGAGAAUCCCCACCAAGCCAGGCAAGAGCGUAGAUCCUCCUGGUUGGGGACCCUAUUUUUAGAGGCGAUCGGCCUUGCCUUGAAGUGGGAGAGGAGCAGUGCUGCCGAGGAGCAAAGGGCUGCCCUGGAGCAUGGGGAUGCGGUGCCGGUUGCGUAUCCCAUCAGGAGAGGCGCAUCCCCGUGGGUGAGCUCCCAAGGGACAGCCAGCAUGGCCAGCGUGGGACACAUGUCCUGCCUGAGACCCUGCUGCCCCGGGGGCACUGGUGCCACUUGGCCGCGGCUGCUAAAUUUCUAGAAAUAGCUUUGUUCUGAGGGCGAUAGGGGUGUUGGCAAAAAAAAAAAA